UAAUUCAAACCGAUAUCAGUCCCGUUCACGGCCGAACCGGCGCUGACCAGGCCUACCUAGCUGUAGUUGAGAAACAUUGUAGUUUUGGCGGGAAUAACUUAAUCCCCAAUUCUCACGGGAAACGAAACCCUAGCUAGCACUCUGUAUAGAGAGAAAGAAGAGUUGAAGAGAGAGAGAGAACCAAUCGAGGAAGGGCAAUGGGAAAAGACGAUGAGGAAAUGAGGGGAGAGAUAGAGGAGAGGCUCAUAAACGAAGAAUACAAAAUAUGGAAAAAGAACACUCCUUUUCUUUACGAUCUGGUCAUCACCCAUGCCCUCGAGUGGCCCUCCCUUACCGUCGAGUGGUUACCAGACCGCGAGGAGCCUCCUGGUAAGGAUUACUCCGUACAGAAGAUGAUUCUUGGCACCCACACCUCCGAGAACGAGCCCAACUACCUCAUGCUUGCCCAGGUCCAGCUUCCCCUCGAUGAUGCCGAAAACGAUGCCCGUCAAUACGAUGACGACCGCUCUGAUUUUGGUGGCUUCGGAGCUGCCAACGGCAAGGUCCAAAUAAUUCAGCAAAUCAAUCACGAUGGAGAGGUUAACAGGGCUCGUUAUAUGCCUCAAAACCCUUUUAUUAUUGCCACCAAAACUGUUAGUGCUGAAGUUUAUGUCUUUGACUACAGCAAACACCCAUCUAAGCCCCCUCUUGAUGGUGCUUGUACUCCUGAUUUGAGAUUGAGAGGCCACAGCACUGAAGGUUAUGGUUUAUCUUGGAGCAACUUUAAACAAGGUCACUUGCUUAGUGGUUCUGAUGAUGCUCAAAUUUGCUUGUGGGACAUCAAUUGCACUCCUAAGAGCAAGUCCCUCGAUGCUAUGCAGAUUUUUAAGGUUCAUGAAGGUGUUGUAGAAGAUGUUGCAUGGCAUCUGAGACAUGAAUACUUAUUUGGCUCUGUUGGGGAUGAUCAAUACCUGCUUAUUUGGGAUCUCCGAACUCCAGCAAACACAAAGCCUGUCCAAUCAGUAGUUGCUCACCAGAGUGAGGUUAACUGCUUAGCUUUUAAUCCUUUCAAUGAAUGGGUUGUUGCAACGGGAUCCACUGACAAAACUGUCAAGUUAUUUGAUAUACGGAAAAUCAACACAGCGCUUCACACAUUUGACUGUCACAAGGAGGAGGUUUUCCAAGUUGGUUGGAAUCCAAAGAAUGAAACUAUCUUAGCUUCUUGUUGCCUUGGUAGAAGGCUUAUGGUGUGGGAUCUUAGCAGGAUUGAUGAAGAACAGACACCAGAGGAUGCUGAAGAUGGCCCUCCAGAGUUGCUUUUUAUUCAUGGUGGCCACACAAGUAAAAUAUCAGAUUUUUCAUGGAAUCCUUGUGAAGACUGGGUCAUUGCAAGUGUGGCUGAAGAUAACAUCCUUCAGAUAUGGCAAAUGGCAGAGAAUAUAUACCAUGACGAAGAUGACAUACCAGGAGAUGAAUCCACCAAAGGAUGCUAGUGUAUUUUCCAAUUCUUUGGGAGCCUGGGGUGGUGGAUAAAUGUCAAUUAUAAAACAGGCACCUUGGGAAUAUUUUUUUUUUUAAACCCCUGUUUUUGAAUCUGACAUCCAAUAUUUUUGUUGGCUCCCUGGUUAGCGCAUUGAAAGCCUAUGUUUGAGCUGGAAGCAUGGUGACCUAUAGUAUUUUUAUAUGUCGGACUUGGUUUUCUAUUUGCAUUCACAUCCUGGAAUUAAUGGUAUGCAUUUACUAUUUAGUGAAAACACGAGCAUCUGUUAUGAUUA